AGAGCGCUUUGUUGAUUUUUCUAGAAACCUCGACCUUGAAGAUGGUGAGUAGCCAGCCAAAGUACGAUUUAAUACGGGAGGUAGGCCGAGGUAGCUACGGUGUUGUGUAUGAAGCAGUCAUCAGGAAAACCUCUGCACGCGUAGCAGUGAAGAAAAUUCGAUGCCACGCACCUGAAAACGUUGAACUAGCUCUUCGUGAGUUCUGGGCACUAAGCAGUAUCCAAAGUCAACAUCCAAAUGUGAUUCACUUGGAGGAAUGCAUCCUACAAAAAGAUGGGAUGGUGCAAAAGAUGUCCCAUGGCUCUAAUUCUUCACUUUAUUUACAGCUUGUAGAGACUUCAUUAAAAGGAGAAAUUGCCUUUGAUCCCAGAAGCGCCUAUUACCUGUGGUUUGUCAUGGAUUUUUGUGACGGAGGAGAUAUGAAUGAGUAUCUGUUGUCCAGGAAACCCAAUCGUAAAACUAAUACCAGCUUUAUGCUUCAGCUGAGCAGUGCCCUGGCUUUCUUGCAUAAAAACCAGAUCAUCCACCGAGAUCUCAAGCCAGAUAACAUCCUGAUUUCUCAAAGCAGGUUGGAUACCAGUGACUUGGAACCCACACUGAAAGUGGCUGAUUUUGGUUUAAGUAAAGUUUGCUCAGCCUCUGGGCAGAACCCAGAAGAACCUGUCAGUGUAAACAAGUGUUUCCUCUCCACAGCCUGUGGGACAGAUUUCUACAUGGCUCCUGAGGUGUGGGAGGGGCAUUACACAGCAAAGGCUGACAUCUUUGCUCUGGGGAUUAUCAUCUGGGCAAUGCUGGAAAGGAUCACGUUCAUAGACACAGAGACAAAGAAGGAGCUCUUGGGGAGUUACGUAAAACAAGGAACUGAGAUUGUGCCUGUAGGGGAGGCACUCCUGGAAAACCCCAAAAUGGAACUUCUCAUUCCUGUAAAGAAGAAGUAUAUGAAUGGGCGAAUGAAACAGUUGAUUAAAGAAAUGCUGGCUGCAAACCCUCAGGAUCGUCCAGAUGCUUUUGAACUAGAACUCAGAUUAGUACAAAUUGCAUUUAAAGAUAGCAGCUGGGAAACGUGACACAUGCAUUGUUUGCAAAUAUCUUGGAUGCUGUGCUGCUUCUGUUCUAACAGUGAUGCAACAUUAUAUGGCUGAAAAAGUAUCAAAAGCUAAACACUUUCUAAGGGUUUAGAUUUUAUCGUGGGGUGUUUUGUUUUUUCCCCUUAUUUUUCUCAAGUUCAAGUUGGCCAUUUUGUUAAUAUGUUAUAAAUGUGUAUUACCAAUGUGAGUGUACAUUUUUUAAAUGAUCAUUGGUAGCAGUUGGGCAGGAAAAUUCUCUUAAGAGCCAAGAAAAGAAGAGUCCAGUUUUCUGGAAAUAUGUCUCUCUUUAAGUAUUUUAGACAUUCCUUGUCAGUAUUAGGAAUUUUCAUGGAAGAAGAGGUCUGCAUGCUGGUAAUGCAACCUAAUGAAGCUUUGUAAAGGAAACAUAUAUGUAUAUAUUUAUGUAUAUGUAAGUAUAUGAGUGUGUGCAUUUUGCAUUCCAUAUGAAGAAAAUGCCACUUCUGUCUAAAUUAUUUGGUGUAGGUUUGGGUUUUUGAGAUUUGCUGGUGAAAUCAGUAAUGGAAAAAAAGAACUUCCCUCAUCUCCCUACCUUUUUCUUCCCUCUAAUCAUACUGUUUUGUUUUGUAAUAUUUUAAAGUUUUUUUUUAAAGACAGUUUUAGAGGGUCUGAAAUUAUUAAACACAUGAAAUUAAGUCAUCCAGAGCUGCUGAAGUAUGUUUGAGCUCUCCGGUGCCCUAUAGCUGCAGGAGUUGAAUUAGUUAUGGGGUCAAGUGGCAACAGGUUGGCAAGGACACUUAAUGAUUCUAUCAUACCUUUAGGUAACCAAGCAUUCAAUUAGCCAAUUAAACCACUGCAUUGAGACAUGUCUGCACUUGAGUAUCUGCAAUCUGAUACAAAUAUGAACAGAGGAUUUGUCUAUUUUUGAAAACUGCUACACAUUAAGUAUAGUACUUGAUAUAUUAAUUUUUGGUUUUAAAGCUUCAGCAUAAAGUUGAUAAAACCAAAUGAACUCUACUUUCACAUCACCCACCCUAAUAAUGGCCUCUUGUUUGAUCACUGGAUUCCCUUUCCUUUUGGCACUGAUGCUGUUUUCUCGUCCAUUUUGAGAGUGAGGCUGUGAUAUGGUUGUCUUUAAUGCUGGUCACCAUUUUCUGAAGUGAGAGAUGAUACUUAAACAGUUUGGUAAAUGGAUAAAAUAUCGUGGCAUCAACUACAUCUUUCAAAUAGGAAAAAAUAUCGAUUGUAUACAAUCACUUGGUAUGGUCUAUGUCAAAAAACAACUAUUACUGUUCUUGAAGUUAGUUUGAUUUUAGUCCUGUGUUGUCUCCAAUUUUGUUUUUUGUAAAUGCAGAUAGUUAAAAGCUAAGGAAAAGAAUGUUUUCCUAAUGCAGAGUAUUAGCCUUUGAGGUUAGCUAGACUUUCAAGGCCAUUGUACUAGGUUAAUCUUUUAAAGCAUCAGAAUCUUUGGUCAAAAGUAAAAAAAAUAAAAAUUAUAAGAAUAUUGAAAUCCUUGGUAGUUUCCAUAGACUCCUUAGCCUUUUAAGACUUCCAUAGCUUUUGGAAUAUUGCCAUUAUAAUGUUUCCUUCAUUUAAAAUGCGUUCAGAAGAAAACAAAAACGUUGGAGUACAUAAAAGUUCUAACCUUUGUUUUACUUGGUUUAGAAGUUGAAAUUUUGAACUGACCUGAAAUGUUUUAUUACAAUUUCUUCUGAUGGGAAAAAUAAUGGUAUAUGGUUAACAUCGCUUUCAAAGUAAAUAAAUGUAAGGAUUCAUUUGGAAAUUAGAGGUGGAAAUGCACUGGAACCUCAUGAAAAUGUGACCCCACUGUAUCACCAAGGGGAUUUCAUUAAUGGAAAUAAAGUGCCCUUAUGUUGUGGCCUCCUCCCUAAUGUGGCACUUGAGAAGAGAUUCCUAGAUGAUGGUAUACCAGUGCUUCAUUUGCCACCUGCCUCAUUUAAAAUACUUAUUUUACCUGUAAAGUGGAAUUCCUUCUUUGGGAGUGGGGGAUCAGGUGGGACCGGUAUCAUGCGAUUAGUCUCUUCUGGAGUUUUUUUCAAGUCCUCCUAUUCUAAAAUAGCCUUUGAUACCAGCAAACUGGUGAUAAACCCUUUGUCUUUCUUUGUUCCUUCUGUCAGAAAGUAUUUAGUAAGUACCUGCUGGGUGCUCAGCACUAAAAUCAGUUGCUAGAAUGACAUUUUACAAUUGGCAUUUAGCCACAAGUCAGGAAUAAGAAGGAAAACAUGAUUACUGCUUCUUCAAAAUUCCUGGAUAUUUGCUAGAGGAAAAAUGAUCGUGAAAAUGCGGUGCUUUGCCAGUAAUAGGUACUCAAUAAAUCAUUAUCCCUCCUAGUAGAGUCCUGUUGCCAUGAUUAAUAGUGUUUUAUGAAAUUUAUCUGAAUUUUACGAAGACCAAAUGUUUCAGAUGAGCUUAAAGCAGCGGUGGCCAGUGAAGGUGCGGGGUUGUACAGUUAGUCCCUAGCACGUCACUUUGCACUAGUUGUCACUUAGAACGAUGGUGUUCCUGUAGAUUUUGGUGCUAAGGAAUACUUUGUCUUUAUGAUGAAGUAAGUGUUUCGUGUCAGAUAAAUAGCACACUGAGUAGUUCUUUCUGCUGGUCUGUUUCUUCUCUCUGUUGUUUUUACUUGUAUAAAACGUUUUAUCAAUCAAACUAUUGUAGCAGCUACAAAAGAAUUCACCAGCAUGGGGACAAAAUGGUCAAAAACCAAGUCAUCAGCACUUCAACAAUGAAAGCAACUUUUGAAAUUUUCUUUUAAGAUUGUCAAAUAUAUUUUAUGAAGAAUUUAUAAGAGGGGGAAAUGAUUGUAAUUUAUUGUUCAUGACAGUUGGGGGGGGGCUUGUUUUUGUUUGUUUUUUUAAAUAAAGUGAGUUUCAACAACAA